GGGGCACCCUGCGCCCGUGCUGAGUGGGGCGAGCUCUGUAGACAGCUCCACCAGCAGCCAUGCAGCGCGGGCCUGAGACCACCUCCUCUGGCUGCCGCAGCCCCGCCUGCGUCUGCGGUGGUCAGUGCCGGCUCUGACUCUCUAGCUGUCCUCCUACACUUCUCAGAGGAGCUGGCCGUCCCAGCUCCCUCACUGCACGGCGGCCCGGAGACUGGGCCUCGCAUCUGGAAGCAGCAGUCACCCUCCUUUCCUCUUCCACACCCGCACCGCGGGGCAGGCCACCCUGGGGCCUCCGUGGCCCUGACCGUGUGCUUCCCACAGAGAAGCCAGGGCCGCGAGGAGGGCCAGGAGGAAGACCCUGACCGCUACGUCUGCAGCGGGGUCCCCGGGCGGCUGCCGGGCCUGGAGGAGGAGCUGACCCUCAAGUACGGGGCGAAGCACGUGAUCAUGCUCUUCGUGCCCGUCACGCUGUGCAUGGUCGUGGUGGUGGCCACCAUCAAGUCCGUGCGCUUCUACACGGAGAAGAACGGGCAGCUCAUCUACACGCCCUUCACCGAGGACACGCCCUCGGUGGGCCAGCGCCUGCUCAACUCCGUGCUCAACACCCUCAUCAUGCUCAGCGUCAUCGUGGUCAUGACCAUCUUCCUGGUCGUGCUGUACAAGUACCGCUGCUACAAGUUCAUCCACGGCUGGCUGAUCAUGUCCUCGCUGAUGCUGCUGUUCCUCUUCACCUACAUCUACCUCGGGGAAGUGCUCAAGACCUACAACGUGGCCAUGGACUACCCCACCCUGUUCCUGGUCGUCUGGAACUUCGGGGCGGUGGGCAUGGUGUGCAUCCACUGGAAGGGCCCGCUGGUGCUGCAGCAGGCCUACCUCAUCAUGAUCAGCGCGCUCAUGGCCUUGGUCUUCAUCAAGUACCUCCCGGAGUGGUCCGCCUGGGUCAUCCUGGGCGCCAUCUCUGUGUACGGUAGGUGGGCGCCGGCGGGCAGAGCCUGCGGCAGGCAGAGGGUCGGCGUCGAGGGCCCAGCCUCGCUGCUGCACACGCGUGGCCGGUGUGGAAAGGCCCCUCCUCCCUCCCCCGGGCCUGGGGGUGGGGAUGGAGGGAACCUCCCUUCUGAGAGAUUGUCCCGCGUGGACUCACGACUGCUGGCGCGGUUUGUUAAUAGCAAACGUUUACCGAGCCCUCGCACUGACCGCCCGACGCACUGCCAGUCGCCGGGCACGGGCUGGCACGACGAAGCGAGGGUGGCCUUCCGUCCUCUGCCUCAGCUUCCUUCCUCUUACAUGGCCUGGGGAGUCUUUCCUUGGCGCCGGGCCAGGGGGCGGGCAGGGACCCUGAGCUCCAGAGAAGCCUCUGACCAGCUUCUGUCUCUCCCUUCCUGUCCCACCCCGCGGGGAUGCCGGCGUCUCCUACUGGACCCAGAAGAAGACUCCUGCGACAGUUUGGGGGAGCCCUCGUACCCGGAAGUCCUUGAGCCCCCCCUGCCUGGCUCCCCGGGGGAGGAGCUGGAGGAAGAGGAGGAAAGGGGCGUGAAGCUGGGCCUCGGAGACUUCAUCUUCUACAGCGUGCUGGUGGGCAAGGCGGCGGCCACGGGCAGCGGGGACUGGAACACCACGCUGGCCUGCUUCGUGGCCAUCCUCAUCGGCCUGUGCCUGACCCUCCUGCUGCUCGCCGUGUUCAAGAAGGCGCUGCCCGCCCUGCCCAUCUCCAUCGCCUUCGGCCUCAUCUUCUACUUCUCCACCGACAACCUGGUGCGCCCCUUCAUGGACACGCUGGCCUCGCACCAGCUCCACAUCUGAGGGCGGCCGCCGGGGGUUGUGACCGAUGCAGCUGUGUAGUCUCACACUCUAGUGCCAGAUACUUUUAAGACUUUUAUUUCCUUAGAAAAAAAGCAAACGAGAAUAAAAAAAGACCGUGUUUACUGCGUGGGGAAGAACCGCCUUUUGGUGCUAGUUUUGCCACCAGACGGAGGCUCACCCUUCCCGAGCGCUCGCUGGGAAACAAGCCCACCCAGAGGAGCAGGAGCCGGGAUGUCCGCGGCGAGAGGAAGGACGAAGGAAAGUGCGCGCACAGCAGGCCCGGCUCCCGCGCAGGGCAGGGCGGCACCAGGCACCCGGUCACUGGCCGGAGAAAAGCCCACUUUGUCUGCGAGGAAUGUGGCCAGUGCUUUGUCUAGGACGUCAGUAUGUUAUUACCUUUAGAAACCAAGUCCUAAUCGUGUUACAGCAGUUCCCCUGGGAAGUGGCUUCAUAUUAAUAUCAAUAAAAGAUGAAUCCUG